GUGAUGCUGAAGGCACUUCACUUGCAUCUGGAUAUUCAGACUGAAGACAAAGCUCAGGGAAAGGCAACUUUUUCAGUCUUCACGUAGCGGUCGGCUAGCGCAGGAGACGGGUUAACGGCCCUGUCGGUUGUCAAGUUUUCCGGGUUUGGAUGAGCCAGCUCCAGUAGCGGUGACCGAGUUGGUGUGAGGCAGGAACCCCCCACCCCCCACCCCCGGCAGCCAUGCCGCCGCCGGCAGACAUCGUGAAGGUGGCCAUCGAGUGGCCGGGGGCAUUCCCCAAGCUCAUGGAGAUAGAUCAGAAAAAGCCUCUCUCUGCUAUCAUUAAAGAAGUGUGUGAGGGGUGGUCCUUGGGGAACCAUGAAAACUUUGCUCUGCAGAUUGCUGAUGCCACAAAUUUCUACAUCACAGAAAAGAAUCGUAAUGACAUUAAGAACGGUUCAAUCCUGCGCCUGACCACGUCUCCCUACCAGACUGCAGUUCAGCUUCAUGAACGGAUCCAGUCAUCCAGCAUGGACGCCAAGCUGGAGGCUCUGAAGGACCUGGCCAAUGCUUCUCGGGACAUCACCUUCGCCCAGGAGUUCAUCAACCUGGAUGGCAUCUCGCUGCUCACUCAGAUGGUAGAGAGUGGAACAGAGCGCUAUCAGAAACUACAGAAGAUUAUGAAGCCCUGCUUUGGCGACCUGCUGUCCUUCACUCUGACGGCUUUUGUGGAGCUGAUGGACCAUGGCAUCGUCUCCUGGGACACUUUCUCCGUGGCCUUCAUCAAGAAGAUUGCCAGCUAUGUGAACAAGUCGGCCAUGGACACGGCGGUGCUGCAGCGCUCCCUGGCCAUCCUGGAGUCCAUGGUGCUCAACAGCCAGGAUCUGUACCACAAGGUGGCGCAGGAGAUCACCAUUGGACAGCUGAUCCCACAUCUCCAGGGGACCGAUCAAGACAUUCAGACCUACACUAUUGCGGUCAUCAAUGCGCUGUUCCUCAAAGCUCCCGAGGAGAAGAGGCAGUUUGAUGAGCACAUUGUGGACAUCCUAAAUUGUCCCUUGACAGAGAUGGCCCACAUCCUCGCCCAGAAACAGCUGCGCUCCAUCAUCCUCAGUAAUGUGAUCCGAAGCCCCACGGCCAUCAACGAUGAGAUGGCGCACCAGCUGUACGUGCUGCAGGUGCUCACCUUCAACCUGCUGGAGGACCGCAUGAUGACCAAGAUGGAUCCUCAGGACCAGGCUCAGAGGGACAUCAUCUUUGAGCUGCGGAGAAUCGCCUUCGACGUGGAGUGUGAGCCCAACAGCAGCGGCAGCAUCGAGAAGCGCAAGUCCAUGUACACCCGCGACUACAAGAAGCUGGGCUUCAUUAACCAUGUGAAUCCAGCUGUGGAUUUCACCCAGAUUCCUCCAGGCAUGCUGGCUCUGGAUAACAUGCUCUACUUUGCCAGACAUCACCAGGAUGCCUACAUCAGGAUUGUUCUGGAGAACAGCAGCCGGGAAGACAAGCACGAAUGUCCGUUCGGCCGCAGCAGCAUCGAGCUGACCAAGAUGCUCUGUGAGAUUUUGAAAGUGGGCGAGCUUCCCAGUGAAAACUGCCACGACUUUCACCCCAUGUUCUUCACCCACGAUCGCUCCUUCGAGGAGUUCUUCUGCAUCUGCAUCCAGCUGCUCAACAAGACCUGGAAGGAAAUGAGGGCCACCAGCGAGGACUUCAACAAGGUAAUGCAGGUGGUGAGGGAGCAGAUCAUGCGAGCGCUCACUCUCAAGCCUAAUUCCCUGGACCAGUUCAAGAGUCGCCUGCAGAACCUGAGCUACACCGAGAUCCUGAAGAUACGCCAGUCCGAGAGGAUGAAUCAGGAAGACUUUCAGUCCCGCCCCAUCUUGGAGCUAAGAGAAAAGAUCCAACCAGAGAUCAUGGAGCUGAUCAAACAGCAGAGGCUCAACAGGUUAUGUGAGGGAACCUGCUUCAGGAAAAUCAGCAGUCGCAGGAGGCAAGAUAAAUUUUGGUAUUGCCGUUUGUCUCCGAAUCAUAAAGUCCUGCACUAUGGAGAUCUGGAGGAGAGCCCGCAGGGCGAGGUGCCACACGACUCUCUACAGGACAAACUGCCUGUGGCUGAUAUCAAAGCUGUUAUCACCGGCAAAGACUGUCCUCACAUGAAGGAGAAGGGAGCCCUGAAGCAAAACAAGGAGGUGUUAGAGCUGGCCUUCUCUGUCCUCUAUGAGUCCGACGAAUAUUUAAACUUUAUUGCUCCUGACAAGCAUGAGUACUGCGUGUGGACGGACGGUCUCAACGCCCUCCUGGGUAAGGAGAUGACCAGCGAUUACACCAAAUCUGACAUGGACACCCUGCUCUCCAUGGAGAUGAAGCUCCGCCUCUUGGAUCUAGAGAACAUCCAGAUUCCCGAGGCCCCGCCCCCGAUUCCCAAAGAACCUAGCAACUAUGACUUUGUCUAUGACUGUAACUAGACGUACGAGCCCACAAGGCCCACCCGAACAGCCCCCCACACCUACUGUAUUCACUGGACCAAUCCCUUUUUUCUUAUAAACUGGAAGAAACACACAUAAAACCGUAUGUUAUUCUGAAAAAAAAAAAAAAGAAAAAAGAACUGUGAUUGAAAGGAAAAAAAACAGGAUUUACUAAACUAUUUUCCUCUUGCUUCUAGCUACACCUUUAUAAGAGAGAAAAUUGUGCAUAUUAACAUAAAUGUCGCACUUGAGGGACCGAUGUGGAUUUUUUUCAAGUUGCCAUGGCGAUCAGGAAACAGGAAGUGUUUGUUUGGCCUGUUUGUUGGUCCUCCUGCGUCUCUUUCUUCUUCUUCUUCUUCGUCACCUUCUUCUUCUUCCUCCUGUGUCUGAUGUUUCUAAACCUCCACUCCUUCUCGGUCGAGGACCUCGACCGUCACAUUGCUCCAACAUUGUUGUAGACAAAUGCUUUAGAAAUCCUUCUUAAUUCAGCUUCCUAGAUGUCCCUUUUUUAUGUUUAUUAUUUUUUGCUCAGGGUUCUCGUGGAAAGGGAUGCCGUGUGCAGGGGUCAGGAUGAUGGUUGUGUUGUUCAAAAGAGGGAAAAAGGGAUCGUUUUUCUUUCUUUCUUCUUUCAUUUUGGGGGUCAACUUCCCAGUGUUUUUUUUUUUUUUCUCCUGUCACAUUCACACUUACAGUAUUUGUGGCAGCUAAACGUUUUCCAAGAGGCAGAGUUGCGUUUUAAGACUGACGUUUCUCGAAAAUAGUCCCGUGUUCCUCUGUCCUGCUUCAUGUAUGCUGAAGACUGUUAGAAUUAAGUCGAUUCCUCAAAAUGCAGGCACUGUACAACAGUAAAAUGCCUCUCCUUCGAAUAUUAAUGUUCUUAUCGCGCCGCUGCUUAUUGCUUAUUGUACACCUACACCGUGGCUUCGCCAUAAAACCAGUGUAAACACACCACCAUUGUGAAACACACACGCGGUCAAACACACACUUGUCUUCUCCCUCAUUUGAGUCUCUCUUUGUUGUAAACACUGCUGUACACAACAUUCCUAAGCAAUAUUUGAUCUCUUUGGUUUAUCAUUUGUAAGAUGAUCAUGAUUUAGUGAUUUUUUUUAAAAUUGUGAAACUGCCAAGUAGUUGGUAUUAUCAAAUGUAAGGUAGUAUCUGGUCAAGGGAAGUUGACUUUUUUGUGUGUGUUUAGGACAAUAAUGGCCACAAAAUUGAGAGUUUAUGUAUUUUUUUAAUUUAAAAAAACAGAUCAUGGUUGUUAUUUCUAGUAUGAUUUAUAUAUUUUCCCCUUCCUAUUUAAUGCCUUCAGAUGUUUUUUCUUUAGAAUUUUUUCAAAGCCCCUCAAAACUGCUGUUUACAUUAAAGGUUUAAGAACUGUAA